GUCAGAUUCAAAUCGUCAGUAGUCACUGAGUCAUCAUUCUUCGGUCAUGUCAUUUACUUAUACUAAUUAAACCAGUAGACAUGUAGCCAACUAGCCAUAGUAGCACUAGAGCAUCUGUGUACCAGGACAACUCAUGGACUAGGCGCUGAACAUUAUCCUGAAAUCUUGCAUCAUUUGGUUGACCACCUUCAUCAAAUUUCUUGUGCACAAUUGUGAACCAUGAUCCAGCAUGGCUUUUUGGACAUCGUUUCAUGCUGUAUGCUUAUGGGCGCAGAAGCUUACAUUAUGGAGCAAACAGACACUGACGCAUUUCAUUUACUGCAUAACCGGACUGGUAAAAAUCAAGAUCAACAAGUUGAUGGUGCCAGGAAGCAAUGCAAAAGUACUGCACCAAAGCCCCAAUUUCCUUGUAGUUGACAAACCUUAUGAUGUAUUGAUCAAUUCAAAUGACCCUUUAAUAAAGAUGACGGUGGAACAUCAACUUCGAAAACUCUUCCCUAGCUUGGCAAAUGAUAAAUUAACCCAUGGAUUUCAUUUUGCACACCGUUUGGACUACCCUACCAGUGGAGUUUUGUGCAUAGCUUGUAACAAAAAUUCAGCUAAUCUAGGAGGUGAUGCUUUUUCCGCCAGGAAGACAAAAAAAUAUUAUAUUGCUUUACUUCGUGGGCAUGCCUCUCAUGAGCUGAUAGAUAUCUCAAUUCCCAUAGGUGUUGAUAGUAGACCAGGACAUUCUCACAAAAUGUGCAGUGUUGACAAAUCCUACUGUCAAUAUCCUAAGACAGCUUUUACACGCCUACUAGUUCUCCAGAAAGGCUUUUACGAUGGAUUUCCUGCAACAAAAGUCCUCCUUAAGGCAGAAACUGGGAGAAGACACCAAUUGAGGAUUCAUUGCUCAUCACUUGGGCACACCAUCAUUGGGGAUUUCACCUACAGUAAUGGAAAAGAUAUGCUACCGUACAGAAUGUUUCUUCAUUCACACCGGCUAAUAUUGCCUACUGCUCUUGAAACUCUCGACGUUUGCGCUAACGAUCCGUUUGACAUAAACCACACAAAUGAUCAAUGGCUCCCAGUGGUCUAUGUAAACGCCAUUAACUCAGAUACCUAUGAGAAGCUCGAUCGACAAUUGCCGGACAUCACCGUAGAUAAGUUGAGCAGUAAAAUUUAGUCAUCAGCGUUAUAUUGGAAUUGGAUAUUGGCCUCAUUGUAAUUACUGACUGGAAGACAUUAAGAUAUUCGCCUUUAGAUCAACGAAUUCAAAGACACAUCUAAUGUUUUUUUUUUUAAUAAAGGAAAGUAAGAGCCAAGGAAUAGUUCUAUUGUACAACCGUUGCGUUAUGUAGAUAGAAACAAUUGUGAUUUCAGCAUAAUGUCCGUCCGCCUUUUCAUAGACAGGAACAACAUGUUUAAAUAUUUAGAUGAUCAGUGUGUGGCCACCCCGAUUUAGAGCUAAUUUCAUGUGUUUUUAGGGCCUGGCACCGCGUUAUUUUGGCUGAUCAAGCGGGUAGUAUAUGUUAUUACGGCCAGUCCGCUGGGUUACGGACGGCCUUUUUUUUUUACUCCAUGCUCCAUCGGGUUAAAUCAAGUUGUCUAAUCGGUGUGCCCAACCCGAUUGCAAACAACCGAUUGUUUAUAUCAAGGCAAUCCAUUUAUUUAUCAUUAUACCGUGUGAUUGCAUAUUGAUAUACCAAUCUGACUGCUAUACUUUGAAGGUCUUUUAAGUUUUACGUUUUAUAAAGGGGCACCGAGUCAUGCGAGUUGAACCAGGAUACGGACCCGAAAAAGAGGAACGAACCUAAUCAGCCUUUUUUUCGGGGAUGGGGGUGGGGACGGUCUCAGCCCCUCGAUUACAUCACGUUCUCACCCGACUUGCCCGACGUUUACUCCAAUUCUUACCUAGUAAUUUGAUUUUGGUUCAAAUUUCGUUUAAUACAUUGUAUUUUGUAUUU